CGUUUUUUUGGGGGGGGGUUGUCCACUCAGCAGCGUGACUUCCCAUCUCGGCACUGUAGUGUGAGUGUGUGUGCGUGUGUGUGAGAAAGAGUGUGUGUGUAUCCCAUUCUAUCAUUGUAUCCUGCGCCCAUUGUUGAAUGUGUGUUUGCAGCGCAGUCAUGGACUCCGACACGACUUUUAACGAAAAAGUGCGUAUCUAAUGUGGCCCGGCUGGACAACAGAGGGACGAACAAGACCACAGAGUGAGAGGGGCAACUACUGACCUCUGUCUAGAAACUGGAACUAGUCAAACUGAACGACUUCUCUCUGUAGCAGCGGAGUCACGACCAGCUUCAUACCAGCUCCAGUUCGUUGAGGAUCCCGUUGGGGUUUGGUCGUCUGCUGGCUUGUAAGUGCUACACUGAGAAGUCACAUCAUUAUGGAGAUGGUCAUCAGCACUCCCAGCACGUUCAACCAGUCGACUGUGUUCAUCACAAUUUUCAACUCCAGCUGUCGCUUCAAUGAGGAGUUCAAGUACAUCCUGCUACCUGUGUCCUACAGUCUGGUGUUUGUGGUCGGCUUCGUGCUCAACGCUGCAGCUUUAUGGAUGUUCCUGAAGAUGCGUCCAUGGAACCCCAGCACGGUGUACAUGUUCCACCUUGCCCUGUCUGACUUCCUGUACGUCCUCUCCCUGCCAACCCUCAUCUACUACUACGCCAACCGCAGUCACUGGCCUUUUGGAGUGGCCACCUGCAAAAUAGUGCGCUUCCUCUUCUACGCCAACCUCUACUGCAGCAUCCUGUUCCUCACCUGCAUCAGCGUGCACCGUUACCUGGGCAUCUGCCACCCCAUCAAGGCGCUCACCCUGGUGAAGUCUCGUCAUGCCCACCUGGUGUGUGGCAUGGUGUGGGCCAUGGUGACCAUGUGCUUGGUGCCCAACCUCAUCUUCGUCACCACCUCCAGGAGGGACAACGACACCCUGUGCCAUGACACUACCAGUCAGCAGGCCUUUGAGGAGUACGUGGACUACAGCUCCGUCGUCAUGGUGCUCCUGUUUGGCGUCCCGUUCAUGGUCAUAGUGGUGUGUUACUGCCUGAUGGCGCGGGCCCUGUGCCGGCCCAGGCGGGGAUUGUCCGCCAGUCCGCAGAGCCAGGCCUCACGUCAGAAGUCCAUCAAGCUCAUCAUCGUGGUCUUGGUGGUGUUUGCAGUGAGCUUCGUCCCGUUUCACAUCACGCGGACCCUCUACUACACCUCUCGUGUGCUAAAUCUUAACUGCAAAUUCCUCAACAUAGUCAACUUUACUUACAAGAUCACCAGGCCACUGGCAAGCGUCAACAGCUGCAUUGACCCAAUUCUAUAUUUCCUUGCUGGGGAUCACUACCGCUCCAAAAUGAUGUCUGUCCUGAUGGGAAAAAGACAGAUGACAAGCAGCCAAAUACAUGAACAGGCACAGCCGAACAAUAAACAUGACAUUGCUCUGGUCCUUAAGAACCCAGCCCUUCAAGCCAGUGGAGAUAUUGAGAGAUAGUUGGAAAUCUGUGGCAGAAAUCUAAAGUAUUAAACAUAUAUUAAAGAUUUCUGCUCCAGGCUAAACUUACAUUUCUAAUGCCACAUUCAGAAGCAACUGUUUGAUUUUCCCUUCUUGCACUGAGAGGUUUGUAAGAGACCUGGUUUAUAGUAAAAUGUAAAUGUAAAGACCUUGUUUCAAUUUCUCUUUGUAAGAUGAUGUUCAAGUGGGUUCUUGCGAAAGAGUUUGUACCUUUUUCCAAGUGAUCACUCUAAAACCACAAAGAUGUUAUUACAUAAAAUUCAGUAUUUACGCUGCUGUACAGUGUUCCUCUUUGUAGGAAAUGGUGCCUAUGCAGAAGAAAAACUGAUCUUUUUAAUCCUGAGAAUAGGCUGUGAGAUGCUUGAGUACUCUGACACAGCUGGUCACAGGUGCCUUAAAGUAAAACAUAAAUAAUUCAAGCAGUGAAUUGUUGUCAUCUUGGGUGAGGACAACUAAGUUUGAUUGGACACACAUUGAUCUAAAUAUUAACAUUUAUAUCUGGCAAUGAUGACAGAUAUUGUCUCAGAAUUGAGAAAGCUAUGAGGCAACCCUUCCUGUUUUAUCAACAGUGUCUGCAUGUUACCCAGAAACUGAAGUUAAUAGCAAGCACAGCUACUCUCUCCAGCUGUUUUUGUCCUUCAGCUUCCACAGCUGCCUUUUUGCUCGACUCUGAAGAGAAGCAGAGGGGCUGAUCUGGACGAGGCAUGGCUUUUGGAGCCACCCACGCCUCAUUAGGCGAAGGAUAAGGGAUUUUCCUUUUUCCUCUUUUACCUUUGGGAUUGAUACAUGCAUGGAAUCAGUAAUCUAAGCUGAACUCCCUGAUAGUUUUGCAGGAUGUGAAAGCAGUGUUGGAAAGUUUUACCUUUACUAUAGAGCAUUUGUCACUCCGUCCUUGUUUUUAAUGUUGGGGUAUGACUCUAUCCUGGGACAGAUGUAUUCAUACAGAACUGUGUCACAUGUCAUUCUCAUGAUGUUAAGUAUGAGCAUUAUCUCUGAAUAAAUUUUGUAAUUACUUUUUGAUAUCAACCAUAAUGUGUUACCACAUGAGCUACUGUGUUUUUGUAGGUCACUGAUCAGGAAGUGAUUAUACACUGAAUCUUUCCUGUCUGGUCAAUGCAAAUUCCCCUGAGCAUCAUCAAUGUAAAUAAGUGAUGUAAAUGAUGUGAAUGUGAAUUUAUGGGAAACAUAAAAUGUGUAAUUUCUCUAAACAAUACACAACAUACACAACAACUUACUCUACAUGCUGUGACCUGAAUAGACACAAGUCCAGAAGAUGUUUGGGAAGUGGAAACCAGUUGUGUCACUCAAACAACAGCGAUAUAUUUUUCAUCAGAAUUUAGUCAUUAGUCAUGAGAGCAUUCUUGGAAAGCUUUAUCCUUUCUGGAUCGUUCUGUGUGACUAAAUAUUAUAUAAUAAUAAUAUAUAAAUAAAGAUUAAGGUAAACCACUUGAAUCUUGAUUUUUUUUUUCACACAGUGAUUUCCCCUUAAGUUGGAUUAAAGUUAAUAGUAUAGUAUUUACACACUGAUGUUACUGAAAUCUAAAACCCUGUAUUUUAUUAAUAGUUAUGUGGUAAGCAUCAUUUUAUAAACAAAAUCCAGAAAUGUUCCUGAUGGAUUUGGUAUCUUUGGAAAUGAUUUUGACAGAAUUUCAGAAUAAUUUCCAGAGGGUCUGAACAAAGUCUGUCCACACCAAAUGAGUUAUGACUGACCCAUGGGCAGUUUGGUUGAAAUGGUUCAAUUUCAUGCAAGGGUUACAGUCCAAAUGACAAUUUAUACUGUUUGGAAAUACUGUAUUAUUGCAUAUUGUCUGUAAUUCCCAAACAAUGGAUCAUCAGAAACACAUGCCCAGUGCUGUCAAUCAGUCUGAGCUGUUCUGCUUUUUCCCAGAACCGAAGUUCAUGACAAUAAAUGCAUCUCAUAACUUUUUACAUGAA